AUGGCUAAGCUCAGUCUCGUUUUCGCAACUCUCGCCCUCUUCGUGCUCUUAGCCAACGCUUCCGUCUACCGCACGGUCGUUGAGUUCGAGGAAGAAGAUGACGUCAGCAAACAAAUGCGUCCACAACAAGGUAAGUGCCAAAGGGAGUUUAUGCAGCAACAGCAGCUAAGAGCUUGCAAGCGAUGGAUCCGCAAGCGAGCUCAGCGAGGAAGAAUCGGAUACGAAGCUGAUGACUUUGAGCUCACUCUUGAUGUUGAUCUUGAGGACGAUGAGAACCAAAUGCCUCAACGUCAACAACCAGCUCUUAGAAUGUGUUGCAAAGAGCUAAGACAAGUGGACAGGAUGUGUGUGUGUCCUACACUGAGACAGGCGGCUCAACAAGUUAGUCUCCAGGGAACGCAUGGGAAACAACAGAUGAGACACAUGUUUAGGACUGCCAAGAACUUGCCUAACAUCUGCAACAUCCCUGCUGUUAGAUCGUGCCAGUUCAAGGCAACUCCUUACUAA